GGUUCAAAGACUUUGCGCUGCGGCUUGUUCAGCUGGCGAUGCUGGGGGGAGAAGGGAUUAACCCUGGCACUGCCGUGAGCGAAGGUCUGCAGGCUGCGGCUCCGGGUGCCAGAAACACGGGAUUAACGUGUUAACUCACUGGCACACUGUAGCAGAGCGAUUUUUCUCCCCCACCCCCUUUUUUUUUUUUUUUUUCAUAAUUAGCCCAUUUUAACAUCGAAUUGUUCCCCACUAUAAGAGGUCCUCUUCUUGCUUAGCGAUGCUGGCAGCUAUUUUUAUGGGAGGCAUCUGCCUGAAGCGCCUGCCUUCCCUCUGAGCACAAAGAAGGCCCGUUCCCAUGCUUCCCGCAGGCUCCUGACGGGGCGAUCCCGGGAGCCGCUGCAGAGCUGGGGCCGCGCCGCCCCCCGUGCCCGCUGCCAGCCCCAGCGCUCGGGCGGGCUGCCAUGGGUGGGAUGUAGCGGACUGCUGCAUCUGGGCAAAGGAGAACCGAUGGCUAUUGCUGGUCCUUAGAGGCUGGCUGGCGAGUCGAUGGUUCUUCAUCCGGCAAGGCUGCCUGUUCAGCAGUUCGUGGUCCCGCGGGGUGCUGGAGCCAGCGCUUGCAGCAUGCCUGCAUUGAUUUAAAACUGGCAACCAGAAACAAGCCUGCAUCAAGACAAAGCGGCGGCUGCUGCUGACGGUUCAUCAUGAAGGAACAGCUUUAUGUUUCUGAAAGCACUUGACUGGAUGGAUGCUUUUGUCUAAGAAGCAGCGAAUACUGCAAGGGGAGAUCUGAGAGCGAGCUGAAAUCUGCUCUUGCGAUUGCUUUGUCAAGUUCGGGGCUUCUCUCCUGGCAUCGCAGGGACGCAGCCCGGCUCUCCUGGAGACCCCCAGUGCCUCGGCUACUUCUGUGAGUUCAAGGUCGGCAGGUUUCCUCGGCAGCGCUUGGGACCCAGCCCCGUGCUGCUGGGCAGCCUGCAGCCCACGUCAGGGUGGCCGGGGGCUCUGGCGGCGACCUGGACAGUGACUAAAGGUGUACCGAGGGCGCGAUGCAAGUGUCCAUCGCCUGCACAGAGCACAACUUGAAGAGUCGAAAUGGUGAAGACAGGCUCAUCAGCAAGCAGAACACCACUACCCCGAACGUAGUGAAUGCAGCCCGGGCAAAAUUUCGGACAGUGGCUAUUAUUGCUCGCAGUUUGGGGACAUUUACCCCUCAGCACCACAUUUCAUUAAAAGAAUCCACCGCAAAGCAAACGGGCAUGAAAUAUAGAAACCUCGGAAAAUCUGGGCUGAGAGUCUCGUGCCUGGGCUUGGGGACAUGGGUCACUUUUGGAGGUCAAAUCUCAGACGAGGUGGCUGAGCAGCUGAUGACCAUUGCCUACGAGAGCGGUGUCAACCUGUUCGACACGGCUGAGGUGUACGCGGCGGGCAAGGCUGAGGUCAUCCUGGGGAACAUCCUGAAGAAGAAGGGCUGGAGGAGGUCCAGUCUGGUCAUAACAACAAAACUGUACUGGGGUGGAAAAGCUGAAACGGAAAGAGGGCUUUCAAGAAAACACAUCAUCGAAGGGCUAAAGGCUUCUCUCCAGAGGCUGCAGCUGGAGUACGUGGAUGUCGUCUUCGCAAACCGGCCAGACAAUAAUACCCCCAUGGAAGAAAUUGUCCGAGCGAUGACGCAUGUAAUAAAUCAAGGCAUGGCGAUGUACUGGGGAACGUCACGCUGGAGCGCUAUGGAGAUCAUGGAAGCCUACUCCGUAGCCAGGCAGUUUAACAUGAUACCACCUGUGUGUGAACAAGCUGAAUACCACCUUUUCCAAAGAGAGAAAGUGGAGGUUCAGCUGCCAGAAUUAUAUCAUAAGAUAGGGGUCGGAGCAAUGACAUGGUCUCCUCUAGCCUGUGGGAUCAUCUCAGGGAAAUACGGCAACGGGGUCCCUGAAAGCUCAAGGGCUGCCCUAAAGUGCUAUCAGUGGCUGAAAGAGAAAAUCAUAAGCGAGGAAGGCAGAAAGCAGCAGGUGAAGCUGAAAGACCUGUCGCCCAUCGCCGAGCGCCUCGGGUGCACGCUGCCUCAGCUGGCCGUCGCAUGGUGCCUGAGAAAUGAGGGGGUGAGCUCUGUUCUUCUAGGAUCUUCCAACCCAGAGCAGCUGAUAGAGAACCUCGGAGCCAUACAGGUCCUUCCAAAGAUGACAUCCCAUAUUGUAAACGAAAUAGAUAAUAUCCUGGGAAAUAAGCCCUACAGCAAGAAGGACUACAGAUCAUAAUGCAAUGCAUGAAUUAUCUGGACUGCAUGGUUUAAAAAGUGCUCUGUACAGAAGUACAGCCCCGAGUUAAUAUCUGGUCAUGAGAAUCAUUCAGCAGCUUGCUGCUCGGUGUCUACUGUCACUGGAUCCUUCGAGAUGUGUGCUGUUGCUACUAAUCUGCAGUGAAAUUUAAAAGCACAGUUUAUCUCUCUUCUAACCAAGAAUAAUCUUGUAUUUUCUUACCUUCAACUGAGUUCAUUUUUACUUUACUCUUAGCACCUCAUGCUUGUGCUGUGAAAAACACUUGUAAAGCAAAAAAUAAUUUAUAACCUUCAGGUACUUGGUAAUUAAAGAAGGAUGUACAGAUCUAUUUUUUCAAUGAAGAAAAGCCAGAUACAACUUAAGGUUUUAAUAAAACCACAUUUGGGAAAUCUCAACUAUAAAGUUUCUUCAGGGUAACAGAUAGAAGGGGCAAGCUCAAAUUUUCCAUUUUCUUUUUUAUGCUGAAUAUAUGCUUUAGAUUUCGUUUGUAGUUGAAUAAAGGAUGUAAGACAGAGAAUUAGUUAGAAAUUAGAUAGCUCAGCUCCUAACUAUACAAUUAUUUCAGGGGUGGAGUGCUCCUGGGAAGUAUUUCUGAGUACAAGCCAGAAGAGCACAGUUAGAAAACCCAAACACGCAUGUCAGGUUAAUAAAAACAAUGGCUGUUUGCAAAAUUCUAAUUCUACAUAAACCUUAAACCAAGAAAUCCAUGAAAAAAUAUUGGGUUCUGCAUCUAUAGAAACCCGCCUCUACUUCUGCCUGCUUGUAGACAUAGCUAGUGCAAAUUUCAAUAUUCAUGAGCUUUUAAGGAUCUAGAUACUUAUAUAUAAUACAUAGCUGCUGAAAAAAUACCAGCAAAAAUCAGGUACGUACUCCGGUGGAAGGUCACACUUGCUUUAACUUGUUCUGGAAUCGGGCAUAAGUAAAUGCAUAGUAUUUUAAACAAGUAGGUUUGGUUUUGUUGGGUUUUUUUUUUUUUGUGAGCAUUUCCUCCCUCUACGGGAGUCGAUAGUAAGCACUUAUAUAUUACUUUGCCCAUCUCAAGAACCACGUCAUCUUUUAUCAUGAGUUUGCUUUGUAAAACGCACCUAUGAUUUCAGUAAAUAUUUCUCACUCGUAUCAAAUCACGUACUUCAGGCACAUACUUCCUAGGGGGUACAGCUAUGUACAGUAUUUGUAGGACCCUUGUAUUCUAGUCCCCUUAACUCCAGGAUAUCUGCAGAGCGCGUGCAGCGUUCAGUGGGCCACGUGAACAGAUACCAAUACUUGAGUUGUCUUCUCCUGUAUUUAAUCCAAUGAGCUAUGGUAUGUGUAAAUGAACUUAGCUGCUGUAUAUCCAGAAAUGCAGUCUGACUUUGACUUCUGCUUGGACACAAUAAAAGCAUUUUGUGCAUCUAA